ACUGGGGAGAGCCAGGAGGCGUGGCUCAACUCUGGCCCCGCCCCCUCGGGGAUAUAAAUAAAGGCUGCACGUGCCGGGGCAAGUCAGAAGGAAUCGAGUCUUCCUCGAGUGAGAUUGUUUGGGGAAGGCAACAAGGCACUCCAGGCUCAUCAUCCACAAGCGUAGCCAUGAAGGCUGCUCGGAUCGCCCUACGGAACGCGGGCCCUUUGGCCACCACGAGCCAUGGCCUCCCUAGCAGCGGGAGGGCCACCCGGGAAGUGGAGCAUUUUGCUCGUUACUCGCCUUCGCCCCUGUCCAUCAAGCAGUUCCUGGAUUUCGGGUCAACUAAUGCUUGUGAAAGAACCUCUUUUUCAUUUCUUCGGCAUGAACUUCCUGUGCGGCUAGCAAAUAUUCUGAAAGAAAUUGACCUCCUUCCUAGUCCAUUGUUGAGCACUCCUUCAGUACAGUUAGUAAAAAGCUGGUAUGUCCAAAGCCUAAUGGAACUGGUGGAGUUCCAUGAUAAAAAAUCUGAUGACCACAAAGUUCUAUCAGAUUUUAUAGAUGCCAUUAUUAAAGUCAGAAACCGACAUCAUGAUGUGGUGCCCACAAUGGCCCAGGGAGUUCUAGAAUACAGAGAUUCAUCAAAGAUGGAUCCAUUCAUCAAUCAAAACAUUCAGUACUUCUUGGAUCGAUUUUACAUGAACCGGAUAUCCAUUCGAAUGCUAAUAAACCAACACACACUUAUUUUUGACAACAAUAAUAGUAUCGGUAAUCCAAGGCACAUUGGAUGCAUUGACCCAUGCUGUGAUGUUGUUGACCUGGUGCAUGAUGCUUUCCAAAGUGCCCAGAUGCUUUGUGACCAGUAUUACUUUGCUUCUCCAGAGUUAAAGCUCACUCAAGUGAAUGGAAAGACAGCUGGACAGCCUAUUCACAUAGUAUAUGUACCUUCUCAUCUCUUUCACAUGCUGUUUGAACUCUUCAAGAAUGCAAUGAGAGCAACAGUUGAACAUCAAGAAAGCAAGCCCUCCCUUGAUCCAGUAGAAGUGACUGUUGUACUUGGAAAGGAAGACCUGUCAAUUAAGAUAUCUGAUAGAGGAGGUGGUGUGCCAGUGAGGAAAAUUGAAAGCCUCUUCAGCUACACAUAUUCUACUGCACCAAAGCCUGUAAUGGAUAACAACAAUACAACUCCUUUGGCUGGUUUCGGAUAUGGCUUGCCAAUUUCUCGCCUGUAUGCUAAAUACUUUCAUGGAGACAUCAAUCUUUGUUCCAUUUCUGGCUAUGGGACAGAUGCUUUGAUUUACUUAAAGGCUCUUUCCACAGAAUCUAUAGAAAAGCUUCCUGUUUUCAACAAAUCAGCCUGCAAGCAUUAUCAAACUCCUAUAGAAGCAGAUGACUGGUGUGUUCCAAGUAAAGAACCAAAAAAUCUGUCACGACAGAGUGCAGCUGCAUGAAACCCGCAUUUGUGCAGGAUAUUGAAAGGGGAUCAGAAAUCAAUGUUUCAGACAGGACUAAAGAAACAAAUAACUUGAUAUUGCUCCAAUUCUGUACCAAGAUCUGCUCAAGAAGGAAGUAAUUAUACAGAAUGGGAGUGUACAGAGUGUACAUGUACUGUAUUUGUGUUCAAGAAUAUGUAAUGAAGCUUGAUACAUAAGGAGAAUCGAAUGAAUAGAUGGGUGUGCAGGUGAUUUUUUUCCUUUUGAACAUUAGACGAACACCCCGAAGUAUAGUCGUGUUUUCAGACUUAGGAGGUAGGACAGUGUGUUCAAAAUCUUUAUGUCAUGGUUGCACUCCAACACAAAAUAUUAACCUUCUUCAUAUAUUGUCAGUUAGUAUUUCAUUCUGAUGCGAAGGUGUAUAUCUGCAGCAACCAGUGGAGAGUCUGGUUGAAGUUUGCCCCCUCUACGUGUUAAGUAGCUGAAGAUUAUUAAAAGGUGAUAUUGUAGCAUGAUACUGAAAGUCACAUAUAUUCUCCUUUAUUCCAAAAAGUAACAAUUACUUGAAGAUUGUUCCAAAACUAGCAGUACUUGCAUAUAGUAAUUUUCAUUGCCUUUCUGGAUAUGGAAUUUUCCCCACACUCAUGGAGAAGGAUUUUAAAGUGAUAUCAAGGAGGUAUUUCAAAGUAGCAAUAUUACAGUAUGCUUGGUUCUUACACACGGUGAGGAACAGCAGUACAAAUACGUGAAUGAAGAUUAUGAGAGCAAGCAGUCUUUAAAUUGCAAGCAAUCUAUCCACAUGUAUAUAGGAUAGGCAUCUAUGGAAGUGGCAGGAUGGUCUCCCUUUUUAUGAAGAAAUGAUUGGGGAAAUAUUCCAUUCGAAAUGAUUUUCACUCCUGAGAGACUGGGAGUUUGGUAUGGGCCCAGCAAAUGACAAUCUAGGUCAGUCAGUCUGUUUUUUGUUUUUUUGUUUUUUGAAAAGGCAAUAAUAUGCUUAAGAAUUAAUCCUAGUUCAUUUUAAAAGGAUCACUGUGAAGAUUUAGUGUCUGUGGUCAGUUAUGGAAACUCCAUUGCUGUCACAUUUGCUGAUGCCCACUUUUGCUGUGUGCGUCGGGUUCAGUUAAAUAGGUAAUCCCAGCUAUGUGAGGCUAUUGUGUGCAGUUGGUACAGUGAACCAACAAAGGCUUUAACAGCUAACAUUGCUGGAUUUUGGGAUGUUUUUCUUCCCUCUGAAAAUGUUGUCCAGGUUUAGAAAAAAAUGCAGAUCUUUGUUUUGCAAAGUAUCUGUUUUUGUGCCUUAAUCAUGGAAAAAUUACUGUUUAUUUAGUGUGCCAAUUCCAAGUGCCUCUUCGGAUUGGCAGCUCUAUAUUAAGAGUUAAUGCUAUUAUUUUAGUGCAAUGUAUAAAUGCUUAAUGUAGUAUUUCAUACCACAGUGGCAUUGGUUAACAUUCAGAUCAACUGUGUAGAGUUGCAUAUGUCUUCAGACAGUGUGUUUUCAUAGCUGUGAUUGUGCUUAUGCACUUUGACCUUGUACAGCAGGUAAUGUAGGAUUUAACGGUUCAUUAUCUUAGGUAUUAAUCUGUUCUGUCAGGCUUUGCACUGUUACUAAAAAGAACCAAAGGAGCCAGCUUUUCUCAGUCACAGAUAAUGUUAAUCACCUACUGUUCAAUUAUUGUGCUGAAACAAACAUGAGCCUGGCUACACAUUUCUUUUUUUCUGCAAUGAAGCUUUUGGUGCUGCUUGGUGCCCCAUAUGUAAUGUCAAAGAGUACCUGGACAGCGUGUAGGACACUCAAAUGAAGUUUUUCUUUUAGAAGACUGCAAUAUCUCUGCUAUUAUGUGCCUUCUAGUUUCACGCACACUUGAAAUGUACUGUAAUGUUUUUAAUAAAACUAUUUUUUAAAAUA